AAUAAGAAUUUCAUCCCACUAAAUGAAUUCAAGAACAAUAGUAUUUUCUAUGAUAUUCUCUGCUUUUUCUCCUGAAUACAUGAUGUUUUUGAUAUUAUAUGAUACAGGAGCAGGGAUUAGGUUCAGAUAUUUUGGAUGGUUUAAAGAAAGAAGUAAAUCAAAUGCAUGCCUAGCCAGAAUUAGCGGCAUGCAUGCAUUUAUUUUUAUGAGAGCAUUCAUCCAAGCCAAGGUGUUAAGGUCUUUGUCUGUGACUGUCUUGCAGUAUGAACCAUGGCAUCCAAGGAAAUAUUCGUCAGUUUUAAAUAGGAGAUGGCCCAUUUGUAAGUGUAAUGCUUCUGUCCUGGAAACUCUAGGGCAGAUUUGGGCCAUUCAUUGAAAUAGUACUACCUGCCCUACAUUCGUUAAAGCAAGGACACUGCCCUAUUACACCUUGCCCUGCUGGCCGCCAUUAUGGACCAAGAGAGUAGGAGGGGUCUUCUUCAGUCUGCCCCAGUUUACCUGAAGCAGACUUCUGUGUCCUGGGACCUCCACUAAUUAAUGGAUGCUUGUCCUGGUGCCUCUCAAGCCAUGCCAACUUGUAUUAUCUGUAAGACUCCACAAAUUCAUGAAUAAGCCUAGUUCUCUCAG